CUGCAGACCUUGACUCUGAUCCAGAGUUUCUGUGCAGCACAAAGAACUGAGGCCUUCCUUUGACUCUGCAAAGCCUUUUGACUCCACUUUUCAAACAACUUUGGAGCACUUUGCUCUUUUUAGAUUUAAACCGUUCCAGAAGUUAUAGAAUCUUUUUUAUCUCUCUUUCAAAAUUAAGAUGUAAAGAAGAAGCUGUUUGGAAACUCAACUGGACACUCUGUAUUUCUCUACAACCACAUUCCUUAAUUUUUUUCAAUCCUUUUUGGCAGAAACUGAUGCUUCUUCCUGUUCACGUGACGCUGAGACUUUCAAGCUGAGGAGUCCCUGCGUGAGUGCGGAGGGAUCACCACCUUCGCCAUGUCCUCUGAUGUGGACCCAUACAUCUUCACCACCGACGCUUUACCCUUGGAUCCCCGUUUCCUUCCUCCCUUGGCGAACGGGCUUUUGGGUUGGCGGGUGUUCAACAGCGUCUUGCACAUGGGUGGCGUCUACAAUGGAGAGGGUGGGCACUGCCACAGGGCGGAUGUUCCCUGUCCUGUAGCUGUGAAGGCUGAGAUGGAAGAUGCUGUUCAACACAUCUACAGCUUAAACACCAACACAGGGAUUUUCACCCACACCCUGACCUCAGCUAACGCAACAGCCUCACAGUCCCUAUACUGUCACAGAUUCUACCCAAACAUUAUGGUGAUGGAGGUUCUGCUGGAGCGCCAGGUGACCUCCGAUCAGCCGGUCUCUGUCAACCUGGUCAGUUCAUUCACCCCUCAAAGCAAAGACAUUGUUUUUGAGACCGGCCCUAGCUAUAAAGGAGGAAGCUACAUUUUAGGACAGACGUCAACGGCCGAGUUCCCGGGAGGAUCCUGUCCUUCUGUGCACCUAAUCUGGACACCUGUGCCCCCUACUCUGGUGCUACCACCGGAGCAGAGCCAGGGUCGCUGGGGCUUCAUCCUGGUCGUGGCCAACAGUUUGGACUCUGCUCAGAGCAGCUACGAUGAGGCCUUGGGCCUGAUGGCGACCGGCGACCUGCGUCCGUCUCACGAAAAGGCCUGGAAAGAACUGUGGCUACAGAGCAAGGUGGAGGUAUCGGGAUCAACUGAUCUCAACAAGGCUCUGAUCGGCUGCAUGUUCUAUCUCCUCAGUGCCUUCCCAUCCAUACAUGACGACUCCAGAUCUUUUGGAGGAGUCAGUCCCGGCGGGCUGUCUAAUGGCGGGGACGGUCAGGAUUACUGGGGCCAUGUUUUCUGGGAUCAGGACAUUUGGAUGUAUCCUGGGAUAGCCCUCUUUUACCCCAAGUUGGCCCGAGCAGUGCUGGAGUACAGGGUGGGGACUGUAGAUGGAGCUAAAGACAACGCGCAAAGGCAGGGCUACAAGGGGCUGAAGUUCCCAUGGGAGAGUGCCGUUUCUGGGAGAGAGGUGUGUCCGGAAGACAUCUACGGACAACAAGAGAUUCACAUCAAUGGAGACGUCACGCUGGCUUUCCAACACUAUCUCUACCUCACUGAGGAUCUGGCCAUGUUCAAAGAAGGGCGGGGCAGCGAAGUCGUCUACGGCGUCGCUGAUUACUGGGUUUCCAGAGUGAAGUGGAACCCGGAUGACCAGAUGUAUCACCUCUUAGGUGUCAUGCCCCCUGAUGAGUAUUACUACAAUGUCAACAACUCUGUGUACACAAACGCAGUGGCCAAACUCAGCCUGCAGUUUGCAGUUGAGCUGGCCGAUCUUCUCCAAGAUGCUGCACCGAAAGAAUGGCAGGAAGUAGCAGAACGCAUAAAAAUCCCUUUUGACCAGGAGUCCCAGUACCAUCCUGAGUUUGAUGGCUACACCAAAGGACACCCGGUGAAGCAAGCCGACACAGUCUUGUUGGGGUAUCCUCUUGGUCUUCCAAUGCCUCCAGAGGUUAGGAGGAAUGAUCUGACGAUGUAUGAGCAAGUAACUGAUCCUAACGGCCCUGCGAUGACGUGGGGUAUGUUUGCUAUUGGCUGGCUGGAGCUGGGAGAAGCUGAGAAAGCUCAGCUUUUACUUGAAAAGUGCUUCAAGAACAUCCAGGGGCCAUUCCAGGUGUGGAGUGAGUCAUCGGAUGGCUCUGGCGCCGUCAACUUUCUCACGGGUAUGGGAGGAUUUCUGCAAGCGGUGCUGUUUGGUUACACCGGAUUCAGAGUUCAGAGGAACUGCCUGGCCUUUUCCCCACUACUUCCAAAUGACAUAAAUGAGCUGUGUCUUCGUGGAAUGAACUAUCUGGGCAGUAAGAUGGACUGGCUCCUUAGGAAAGAGGAAGUCUGCAUCAUACUCCGAGAGCAGGCUCACGGCGCUGACGCAAUUCAUCUGCAGGUGGUUCUAAAAGAGUCUGGCAUGAAAAUCCCUCUCACACCAGGACAACCUGUAACUUUUCCUCGGCAGCCUGGUUCCAUUUGCAAAGUGGAAUCUGCAACUUCCUGCUGGCCCUUCUGAACCAAGAUCAUUGUUACUUUGUUACUCAUUGUUACUUUAUUCAUCAGGAAAAGGUAACAUGUAGAUUGAGUCACUUUAUUUUAUAUAUAUCUUUGUGUUUUGUAAUAUCACAUCUGUACCUUUCAAUAAAUCAACAUCAAAAAAGAUUCGGAAUAAGAAUAUUCUUCCUCAAAUGUUUUGAAUUUUAGAAUGCAUCCUGUAAAUGUGGUUACCAAAAAUGUCAGUUGCAGUUUUGAGGUGUGCUAACAAUACACAUGUAAAAACCUGUAAAUAGGAUGACAGAAAUUUUACGAAAAUGAAAACAAAAAAAAGUAAUUAUUGAACAUAAAUAUACAUGUGCUGAUCUAUCAAUUUCUAUCUGUUGGUAGAUAUAUGUUGGUUGCUUUUCAGAGACUUGAUGACUAAACCAUUAUUUUACUUGGUGGA